AUGGCCAGCGGCGGUGGUGGUGGGCUGGUGCAGUCCCCACCCGACAUGCUUCAUCACCAUAACAUCAUGGAUACAUCAUCACAUGUGGAAAUGAUGCCGAAAAAGCUCCGGCUCUCCCUAUGCGUGGGUUGCGGCGGUCAGAUCCACGACCAGUACAUCCUGAGGGUCGCGCCGGACCUUGAGUGGCACGCGGCCUGCCUCAAGUGCCAGGAGUGCAGGCAGUUUCUCGACGAGUCCUGCACCUGUUUCGUGAGAGACGGGAAGACAUAUUGCAAGCGGGAUUACACUAGAUUAUUUGGUACAAAAUGCGACAAAUGCGGUGCAUCCUUCAGUAAGAACGACUUUGUGAUGCGGGCGAAAACCAAAAUAUACCACAUCGACUGCUUCAGAUGCUGUGCGUGUGCAAGACAACUUAUCCCUGGAGACGAGUUCGCGUUAAGAGAAGGAGGUGCUUUAUACUGUAGAGAAGACCACGAUGUAUUAGAAAAGAGUGCAAACACGAGUAGCAGCAGUGGCACGAACGCGGAAAGCAAUAACAACACCACAUUAAGCAACAACAACUCCCACCAUCCCCACGAGCUUGGAUCUAUGUCUGAUUCGGGCAGUGAGUCGGGAUCUCACAAAAGCGGCCGCGCUCGCACCAACAACGCCGCCGACGGCAAACCGACGAGAGUUCGCACCGUACUCAAUGAAAAGCAACUUCACACACUCAGGACCUGUUACGCGGCCAACCCACGCCCUGACGCGCUGAUGAAGGAGCAGCUCGUGGAGAUGACGGGCCUCAGUCCAAGAGUUAUCAGGGUUUGGUUCCAAAACAAACGGUGCAAGGACAAGAAGAAGACCUUGCAGCUCAAAAUGCAAAUGCAGCAGGAGAAGGAGGGGCGGCGGCUGGGCUACAUGUCGCUGGGCGUGCCGCUGGUGGCGGGCGCGCCGGUGCGGCACGAGGCGGGCGCGCUGCCGCUGGAGGUGAGCGCGUACCAGCCGCCAUGGAAGGCGCUCUCCGACUUCGCCCUGCACGCCGAUCUGGACCGCGCGCCGCACCACAGCGCCGCCUUCCAGCACCUCGUCAGCCAGAUGCAUGGUUACGAUGUACCGUCGCUGCCGCCGCCGCGGCCGGCGCCGGGCGAGGACAACUACGUCACGUACCUCGAGAGCGACGACAGCUUGCCACCCUCGCCCUAG